UCCGCUCGCGCUCCGGAUCCACAGAACCGCAGGAUCAUCCGUCAGAACUAUGGCUGCCAAAACCGAGCGCACCUUCAUUGCCAUCAAACCGGACGGCGUCCAGAGAGGCCUGAUGGGAGAAAUCCUCAAGCGCUUCGAACAGAAGGGCUUCAGACUGGUGGCCUUGAAGUUUCUCCAGGCGUCUGAGGACUUGCUGAAGCAGCAUUACAUCGACCUGAAGGACCGGCCGUUCUACCCAGGACUGGUGAAGUACAUGAGCUCCGGGCCAGUCGCUGCGAUGGUGUGGGAGGGUCUGAAUGUUGUGAAGACAGGAAGGGUGAUGCUGGGAGAGACCAAUCCUGCGGACUCCAAACCCGGCACCAUCAGGGGCGACUUCUGCAUUGAAGUGGGCAGGAACAUCAUCCAUGGCAGUGACUCUGUGGACAGUGCAAAUAAAGAGAUCAGCUUGUGGUUCAAGCCUGAGGAGCUGGUGUCUUACAAGAGCUGUGCACAAGACUGGAUCUAUGAGUGAACUGCAGACUACCAAACACUGAAUCGAUGCCUUUCUUCCCAGACCACUUAUCAGUAAUGGACCCGAGUAUCUUUGUGUGAUCCCGUCUUUUCUGAAGCACU